AUGCCAGAGUCCUGUUUCCAGUUAGGGAAACAGAUGCUCCUCUUCGCACCUCCAGAAAACCGAAAGGAGUCUCCCAAAAGUGACCUAGAAGCUGUAAAAAUCCAGGCCUGGUGGAGAGGCACACUGGUACGCCGUACGCUGCUGCACGCGGCCCUCCAGGCCUGGAUCAUUCAGUGCUGGUGGCGCCUCACGCUGGCGAGGCGUCUGGAGAAGAGGCGCCAGGCGAUACUGAGGGUCUUUAAGCAGAACGAGUGGGCAGCAGUCAAGCUGCAGUCCUGGGUCCGGAUGUGGCGCAUCCGCAGGCGCUACUGUCAUCUCCUCAACGCCGUUCGCGUGAUCCAGGCCUACUGGCGGUGUCAUACCAACGCUUCCCGGGGAAUCAUCAAGGGCGACUACAGGGUUAUAGCCAAAGAAGUACAUGUCAAACUGGAGUUCUUUCUGGGCUCAGAGUCUUGCAUUAUGACGGAGCAUCUUCUCCUCCCAAUAAAAGAGUAA